UGGCUGUAUGCCUCUGGUGAAGAGACAGCCGUUUACACGCAGAGAGCUGAGUUAAGCAGGUGCUGCUGUUUCAUUCACACACUUCUAAAAGCACUUGUGUUCAAGUCCAGCCGGAAUGGCUGUAAUAUAGCAUCUUUACUUCAUCACUGCUUUUGCCAUUAGAGGGCGGGGUUUAUGACCUAUACUGCAUCCAGCCACCUGGGGGCGAUCGAGACGUUUUGGCUUCAGGACUCGUGUGGCAGUGGUACGCUUGGUCUGACUGGACAGAUGAAACCUGAAAUGAUAAGUCAACUAUUAAAGCUUGAAUUUAAUGUAAACCGUUAUGCUGUAUUUUUUUCGCCCAGUGCGAGAAACACUAUAAGGUGUCUGACUGAUAUACUGAAGACAGGAGAGAUGGACAGAGGGAGGAUUGUGGGGAGGGGAGGAGUUAAGAGGAGCAAAUAUAUAGUGCCAUGCUUCUUGUUCGUAGAGCUGGUGAUCAUGGCAGGAACGGUUCUCCUGGCAUACUACUUUGAGUAUACGGACACAUUCCCGGUGCACGUUCAAGGAUUCUUCUGCUUCGAUAAAUCCUUCUCCAAGCCGUAUCCAGGACCUGAAGAUGACAGCAAAGCUCCCCCGGUGCUGGUGUAUUCGUUGGUCACCGCCAUCCCCACUGUCACCAUACUACUGGGGGAGCUCGCAUCCUUCUUCACUAAACCUGAGGCCACACAGGAGAAGACGAUUGUUACGGCUGACUGCUGCUAUUUCAACCCGCUGCUGAGACGCAUCGUCCGCUUCCUUGGUGUGUAUUCUUUUGGCCUCUUUACCACCACCAUCUUUGCCAAUGCAGGGCAGGUAGUGACAGGAAACCAGACACCUCACUUCCUGUCUACAUGCCGCCCAAACUACACAGCACUGGGCUGCCAUUCACCGCUGCAGUACAUCACAGAGCGGCGAGCGUGCACCGGCAACCCUUACCUCAUCGUCUCUGCCCGCAAAUCUUUCCCCUCGAAGGACGCAGCGCUGAGCAUGUACUCCGCUGUCUAUACGGUGAUGUAUGUAACUCUGGUAUGGAAGACUAAAGGCACAAGGCUGACCAAACCCACUCUCUGUCUGACUCUCAUCUCAUUGGCUGUUCUGGUGGGCAUCGUGCGUGUAGCUGAGUACCGCAACCACUGGUCUGAUGUUCUCGCUGGAUAUCUCACUGGAGGAGCUAUCGCUGCUUUUCUGGUCACAUGUGUGAUCAAUAACUUCAAGCAGACCCAGCCUUAUCUGCCACCCUUACCACCCCCUGUGCACCCUCCACGCCCGGAGCCUUCGCUCAACAUGCCCAUGGUGGCCAUGCCCUGCGUAGAGAGUCCACUCGAAAAGUUAAGUGGCCCUCAGAAACGCUUUGUUUUCUAUGAUCAGCAGGUUCCAGGGGUUUUGUACACAGGCAUCACAUGACCAUCAGCCAUACCUGGCCCCCGCCCCUCCCGAUGUCCUCAUCCACUCACGUCGCUCCAUCUCCAGCGCAGUCUAGACAUGCCUUCAGAAUAUUCUACCUGCGCCCGCCCUAGACCCUCUCUCACAAGAUCAUACUCCACUCAGGUCUAGAGGCUCCUGUACUCACCUCUACUGCCCCCUACCGGCUGACAGAGACAACGACAGCAAUAUCCACACAUUUCAAUCGGGAAAAUUGUUUUUUAAUGAGAGCAUUUCAUGUUUAUCUGAAUCCUUUUGGGUUCCGUCUCUUGUCUUUUGGGUGUUUUUUUUAUUUAUUAUUAAAGAAAAGUGUUCCAACUGAUAAUAAUCUUCCACCUCUGUAAUUUUGUAGAGUAUUA